AGAACUUUGUGUUCGGCUUCAUCAUGAAUCGUGACAGACUUUGUUCAUAUGAUUAAGACUAGUUCUGUUAAAACUUUAGUCUAGUGUUUGGACCAUGAAGACAUGUCAGACGUUCAGCCUGGGAACUUUGUGGGGAAAAUCAGCUCAAACUUCAUCAUUAAAACGGAUAGAAAAAUGUUGCUGUAUAUCCUCGGGCUGGUGGCGCUUUGGUUCGUCUAUCGCUGGUGCAAGGAACUCAAAAGGGUGUCCAACAAGGAAGAGAAAUACGUAUACAUCACUGGCUGUGACUCUGGGUUUGGUAACCUCCUUGCUCGACACCUGGACAAGCUGGGCUUCCGCGUGAUCGCAGCCUGUUACACUGAGAAGGGUGAGGAUGAGCUGAAGAAGAUCUCCUCCGACAGACUGACGACGACGCACCUGGAUGUCUCCAACUCUGAAAGUGUCAGCAAAGCAGCAGCUGCGAUCAAGACUUUGGUCGGAGUGAAGGGCCUGUGGGCUGUUGUGAACAACGCUGGAGUCGCUGUGCCGUCCGGUCCAUCUGACUGGCUCACUAUAGAGGAUUAUAAAUCCAUGCUGACCGUCAACCUGUGUGGAGUCAUAGAUGUGACACUCAGCGUCCUUCCUCUCAUCAAGAAGGCCAAAGGGAGAGUGGUGAACGUUGCCAGCGUGUUUGGGCGAAUCAGCCCGUUCGGCGGACCCUACUGUGUGUCCAAGUACGGAGUGGAGUCCUUCAAUGACAGUCUGCGUUUAAACAUGGCACCGUUUGGAGUCAAGGUCGCGUGCAUUGAGCCAGGGUUCUUCAAAACCAAUGUGACUGAUACAGUGAUACUGAAGAAUAACCUGCAGAGGCUGUGGGACAGAUUACCUCAGGAUGUGAAGGACGAUUAUGGAAAAGCUUUCUUGGACCAAGGUAUGAAGGGGUUGGAUGACAGGUUCAAGGUGUUCACGGACUCGGACCUGAUGAAGGUGGUUGGCUGUAUGGAGCACGCUGUCUCUGCCGUUCACCCUCGUACUCGCUACUCUCCUGGAUGGGACGCAAAGUUCCUCUGGUUGCCUCUUUCAUACAUGCCAACCUGCAUCUCAGAUAAACUUUUCCUUAAAAGUAACCCCAAACCCCAAAUUUCUGUCCUGUAGUUUCUGUCAAAGUAGUAAUUUUGUGGGACAGGUUUACACAAAGAGAACUGACAUUUCUUUCAUUUUUUACACACAAUAAAUGUUUGCAAGUUAAGUAUUCCACCAUUGAUAACAUCAUAUAAACAUAUUCUGUAUUAUAAAACA